AUGUCACGACGAAAGAACGGACCUAUAGUUGAAUAUCUGAAUAACAUCUCAGCAUGGCAUCCAGUUUCAGCGCAAGUUGUCGACUACAUCCAGCAUCCAUAUCGAGGAUUACGGGCCAAGACGAAGCGUGAUGACAAGCUCGGAAACGGGUCGGUGCCGGCCUCUCGCGACGUAGGCUACCCACUUCCUGUGGCUCUUAUUUCCCGAUAUCAACUUACGACUGUGGAUGCAUUUGCUUGUGAGAUAUCGAUCGACGAUCCAUAUUCACAAAUGAGCCACCAGCAAUGGAUGGAAUCUCUCUGGCGUGGCUGUGUGGGUCCAGAUAUCGUUGUGUAUAUCCAAGAUGACGACAUCCCGGAUAUGGGACCAUCCCAGGAGCUCGUGUAUAGUGCUCGCUUACAGGACACUCUUGGAAUCGUCAUACCUCGUGCUAGAGGCUCUUCCAAAGAGCCCAAGGAGAGGGUUCUGAGACAUGUCGUAUGGGCUAUUGAUUCUAUCGUCAUGAACACUCGUCCGCAAUAA